AAAAAAAAAGUGUGUUGCCAGUAUGUCAUUACCAAGAGGUGUUGGUUUAGGUGUUGAUGUUGGACAGUUGAUGCAACAUCAACAACAACAACAGCAACAACAACAGCAACAACAACAACAUCAUGUAUUACCAGCAGCAUUUUUUUUACGUGCAAGUGCUGAACGUUAUCAAAGAACUCCAAAAUGUGCUAGAUGUAGAAAUCACGGUGUUGUAUCAGCGCUAAAAGGACACAAACGUUAUUGUCGUUGGCGUGAUUGCGUAUGUGCUAAAUGUACAUUAAUUGCUGAAAGACAACGUGUCAUGGCUGCUCAGGUUGCAUUGAGAAGGCAACAAGCGCAAGAAGAAAGUGAAGCUCGUGAAUUAGGAUUACAAUUGCAGUAUAAUAAUGGUACAUGUCAAAAUGGACCAGUAAUACCAGCAGCAUCAUCAACAGCACCUCCACCACCACCACCAACAACAACAACGACAACAAUAACAACAGAAAGAAGUCCACCACCUCCAUCACAUCAAACUCAUGUUGGUAGUCCAACUGGUUUAGCAAUUGCUGCUGCUGCUGCACAAAUACAAACACAGCUACAUCAUCAGCAUCAUCAACAACAUCAACAACAGUCAGAUUGUGGUGGUCUCCUUCGAAUGAGAGUUGAACAAGAUGAUUACACAUCGUCUGAUAAAAAUGACAUUAAUAUGUCACUUGGACCAAUGACUGGUAAAAGAACAAGACAAACUCUUCAAGAUUCAAUAAAUGAAGAUGACAGAGAUUCAGAUUCAGGAACAGAAGCAACACAUGUAUCAAUAAAAGGUAGAUCAUCACGUUCACGUUCACGUUCAAGAUCACAUUCAGCAAGUCGUACACAUGCUAGUGGUUCAAGUGGAGGUGGUCAUCAUGGCUUGACAACAGAAACUGAAUCAAUAAAUGGUGUUAGAAAACGUGAAAAUAGUAUUAAUGAUUCAGAUGAUGCAAGUCCAGAUCCAGCAACACCAAGUCCAACAAAUACACCACCAUUAACACCAGCAUUAACACCACAACGUAUUGAUACACCAUUACCAGAAAAUUUAAGUUUAAGAAAAACAACAAAUUCACCACAAACACAUAUACAACCUGUAGAUCUUGUACAAUCAAGACCAAGUCCACCACCAAAUUCAUUAGCUGUUGCUGCUGCUGCUGCUGCAGCUGCACAUUUUUCACCUUAUGCACCAUUAUAUGGUCCAGCUGGUGCUUUAUACUGUUCGCCAGCACUUUAUCAACAUCAUCAUCAUCAUCAUCAACAUCAACAGCAACAACAACAGCAACAACAACACAUUAAUGCUGAUACACGUGAUUUACAAAUGCAAAUGCAAAUGCACAUGCAAAAUGUACAACAAUCUUGUGGUAUUCAAGUACAAAAUCAACAAAGUCAACAGCAUCAACAACAACAACAACAACAGAGAUCACCUGUUGAUGUUUUAUUGAGAGUAUUUCCAGGUAGACGUAGAGCUGAUGUUGAAGCACUUCUUCAUCGAUGCAAAGGUGAUGUUGUAUCAGCAAUGGAGGCACUAGUUUGUGAAGAUAAUUUACAACCAAAAUCAGCAUUUUCACCACUUGCUGGAGCACUUGCAUCAGCAGCAGCAGCCGCGGCUGCAGCAGCAUCAUCAACUGGUGCAUAUGUAUCACGUUCUGGCUAUUGUGGACCAAGUCCACCAACAAGACACAGAUUUUUAGCUGCACCAUAUACAGGAACUGGAUAUUUACCAACAGUUAUUAGACCACCAAAUCAAGGCUCACAUACAAAUGGUGAUGCAUAUAGAGAAACAAGUCCUGAUGAUGCUAGUGAUAAAACAAGUUAUUCCGAGUGACCUAAUGAAUUUUUACAUCAAAUACACUGGUCCUAUCAUCAUCCAUAGUUUUC